AUGGUGCAUUUUACUGCAGAGGAGGAGGCUGCUGUCACUGCACUGUGGGACAAAGUGAAUGUGGAAGAGGCUGGAGGAGAAGCCCUGAGUAGGCUCCUGGUUGUCUAUCCCUGGACUCAGAGAUUUUUUGCCAACUUCGGCAAUUUGUCCUCUGCCUUUGCCAUUAUAGACAACCCCAAAGUCAAGGCCCAUGGCAAGAAGGUGCUGACUUCCUUUAGUGAGGGUGUGAAACACCUAGAUGACCUCAAGAGCACCUUUGCCCACCUGAGUGAGCUGCACUGUGACAAGCUGCAUGUGGAUCCUGAGAACUUCAGGCUUCUGGGAAAUGUGCUAGUGAUUGUCCUGGCAAACCAUUUUGGCAAGGAUUUCACCCCCCAGGUUCAGGCUGUCUGGUAG